CAUAUUUAUCACAAAAUUCUUUUAACUAAUUCCACUACUCACUACACAGAGUCAAACUAAUUGCUUAUAUAUUGUUGUAAAGUAUCCAAACCGUUGAAAAAUUUAUUUUAUAAUUUCAUAUUAAGAAAUGCCUCUUGAGGAGGAUAAUAUUUCUAAUAAGGAUGAUUGUAAUACUACAGAUAAAAUUCCACUACGAUCAGCCGAGAAUGAAAAAAAUGAGACAUCAACUUCGAUAUGUUCAAUUAACAAAGAACCACAGUUAAUAUGUAAAUUACAACAUUUUGUUUCUGAAAACUCUGCAUACGAACAAAUUUUUUUAUGUGGGGACGACCUUAAAUCAAAAACUCUAAGUCAAAUGCUAGCCAGACAUAUUAUCGCCCCCUCACAUAGUGUUUCCGAUGUAUGUAUGAUCAAUGACAAUCGUAUGAUAGUCAAAAUCCAACCAGAAGUGAAUCAAACAGCUAAACUACGAGGUAACUUAGAACGAAAUGAAUCAAAAACCUUUAUACAUAUAAGGAAGUUGCUGGAUAGUGAAUCUAAGGAACAAAAAUUAGUUCGACGGAAUCCUGGAACCUGUUUCCUGAACAUGCAACAUAAAGUUAAGCUUGAAACCCUACAACCUCAAAAUGCAGAUGGAACUUCCAUUUGGGAUCACAGUGAUAUAUUUUGCUUGAGGACAUCUAAUGAAUCUGAUACAAGCUUUAUAUGUACUACUAUGAGGCCAAAGAUCCGAACUGCACUCAGUAACUUGGAACUACCUUUGCAAAAGUAUAUUGAAAAGAAAGCAGUACGUAACACUGCAGUUCACAGCAUGAAAACUCAAAAAAGUAAAGAUAACACAACGAAAUCGCAGAAAAACUGUGCUGAACUCAAUACAUGUAUAAUAAAGUCAACAACACCAAAGAACGUCUUCGCCUCAAAUGUCAAUGAUGCAAGUGAUUCAAGCUUAGAGCCGUUGGAUUCUGAAAAUAGUUACACGUAUCAGAUAGGAGAAAAAAAUAACGUCUCAACAUUUAAAAAUCGAAAAUUUAAAACAAAACAUGUUUUAAAAAUGCAAAAAAAUAAUGUUAUAACAAAAAGAAAUUCGAAUAAUAGAAAACUCAAACCUUCUAUUCUAAAACAAAAACGACUGUUUACUGGGUGCAAUGCAUUGAAAAAACCAUUUAUGCAAACAACUUCCGUAGCUGAUAUUGAAACUGUCGCCACAUUUAGGAAUACGAAAGAUAACUUCUUGAAUCUAGAAAAAAAUGUAGACACUAUAAAUGAAACUAAAAAGCUUAAAAAUGAAGAACAUACCAUUGCCUCUCCUUUUGAUACCAGAAAGCAUAAAAUUAUUACAGGAAAAAGUUAUAAGAAAUGUUUUAGAAGAAAGAAAACAGUAUCCUUUUUAAGUAGUCAGAACUCCACAAUAUCUGAAGAAGAUAAAAAAGACAAAAUUCAGAAAGGUUUAUAUGUCGAUGCUAACAAAAAUUAUUCUACUACAGCCUUUAUAGAACAUUCUGGUAAAUUACCAAAUACUAGCGACAUUCCUAGACUGCAAGUCGAGCAAAAUGAUGACUCUCACAAACCAAUACAAACAGCAAAAAUGAAUUUGGUGAAUGCUGUUGAGCACUCAAAUAGUACCUUAAAGAAAGAAAUUGCCAUUGAUGAUCGGAAGAUCAGUAUGAGUAGCGAAUCAAACCAAAGAAAAUUCAUCGAUUAUGAAAGGUAUGACUGUACAAAUAAAUCGCAAAACACACUCUCUAUGGAUAAACUGAAGUCCGCGCUUUCUGAAAGAGAAGUAAGUAGUAGAUGGACCAAAAGGAGUUCAACCAGUAUCUCAGAACUACAAGAAUUUACUCCAAUUAUAACUAACACCAGCCAAAAAAUGCGAUAUGCGGAAGACAAAAAUAACACUGCGGAUACAACUAGCCCGAUCACUUCUACAUCGGAUAAAACCAAUAACGUAAUAAUUUUGGAAAAUAAAACCAUUAAGGACCGUUGCUUAGCAUGGGAAAAAAAGCUUGGAGUCAUAAGUACUUCAUUAUCGAGAAAUAGCAGAGCUGUUUUUUUGAACACAAAUACUUGCUUCGACAAAUCUACAUUACCGGUUCAGGAAGUUAAAUCUUUCAAGUCGAAAAUAUGUAAAACUGACUCAGCGCUGAUCUGUUGUGGUUUGCAACAAGAAAAUAAAAAUAUAUAUCUUGAAAAUCAGCUUAGUUUAAUAACAGCUGACGCAAAUAAGUCGUUACAGGAAUCUAAAGAAACAAAUAAUAUAAGUACGGAAGUUCUAGGCUCAGCUUACAUAGAAUUUCGUCCCAACGUUCAAAGUAACAGUCGCUAUGGAAAACAGGAAAAACAAAUUACUGAAUAUAAUAAUGAAGUUGUUAUAAACAAAUGUGGUUCAGAUUCGAAGAAAAAAUUUAGGAACGAAAAGAUAAAAAAAAAUGAAGUCGUGGAUGAAAGAUUUGAAUCAUCAAAAAUUAUGAAUACAAAUGAAUCUGUUAAUAUAGUCAAUACUUUUAAUAAGAAUAAUCUAAAUACCGAUAUUUUUUCAUCAGCCAAUUUAACAUACACUUCUGUCAAAGAUCACAAUAACUUAGAUUCAAAAGCUCAAACCGAACAGAGAGAUACAUUUGACUUAAGUCCAAAACAUUUAAAAAUGGGUCCCAAAAUAAGAGCUCGUUGCUUACAAUGGGAGGAAAGAAUCAGACUUGCAAAUAGCUCUAUAACAAAUGGAAUUAAAACCCAUGACUCUAUUACGAAAACUCAUUCUAAUUCAAGACACUAUAAAGUCGAUUCUGAAAAUAACUGCAAUAAAUUAAUGAAGAAAUUAAUUGUAGAUGUAGAUGUGAACAAAUCAACAUCGCCUAGUUUAUUAGAGACUAAUAAGAUGGUUCACAGUGAUGCUAAGCCAAAGGAGAGCAUAAUAUCAAGCGAUCUAUGGAAUUGCAAUGAAAUAGUCAACUCUUCCGCAAUGAACGUUUCUGAUGAUAAGAAUAACUUAAGCACACAGGUUCGUUCACAACAUUCAGCAAACGAAACGGAAGAUUUUAAUAAUACGAAUAAUACUGAAGUACCUACUGUGUCUUCUCCAAUUAUUGAACCUUUUUUUAAUUCCUCUCAGAGUAAGAAAAAGGAGCCCUCGAGUAGAUCGCACAUAAAAACACUAAAUGAAUUCCUUAGAAUAAAGACAAAUCGCAAUACUAAGACAAGCCCUAUACCUUCCCGGGAACCAGUUAAGUUUAUACCAGAAAGUGUUACUUUAGAAAACGCCGAAAAAAUCACUAGCAUUGCUUUCAAAGAAUUUUCUUCCAAUUCUCCUAGAGUUCGUCAUUGUAGUAGAUACUCUAUUUUCCACUGUUUCCGUAAUAUUUUUCAUAAACGACAUAAGAAUUUCAGCAGAUCUUGUAAGAAGAUUAAUGCGAUAAUAAACAAAACUUAUUUUAUUAAGUGGGUUCAUAACGAAGUUGAUAAAGACGACGGUUGUAAACAUUGUUGCAAAAAGAAAUCUACAAUUAGUCGAUCUCAAUCAAUAUACUUUUAAAUCGGUAUC